AUGGAGCGCAGGAACACCGAAGGGGCGUCUGGAAAGCCGCCGUGGCGUCGUCGUUCCUUCUUCCACUUGAUUCGCGAUGAGCUCGGAGAAGGCGCGUUGCCAUUGCACAGCCGGAGAAAAUGGUCACGGGGCCGCCGCAGAAGGCUGCAACACCCGCGCUUUCCCCAGCAGAGGGCCCUCCGCGCCGCGCCGCCAGAAGAGCUCGGGGAAGGCAACCUCGCGCUGCCGUUGCGUGGCCUCAGGAUUUGA